AUGUCGCUGUUACGAAAACUGCGGGUUAAGAAAUCCAAAUCCCACGAUGUGAGACAAUCCAAACGCACCCCCUACGGGGCUGUACCAGGCGAGGAAAACCAACCGAAUCCAAGACCAUCAUCAGAGUCCCAAUAUUAUACAACAAUAGAGCCUGCUGAGAUUGACGAACAGAAGCCUCAACCACAGCCCCUCAGGGUCUCUCAUCUGGAUAGAAUUUCUCGCCUACUAUGGGACUUAAUUCUUGCCGUUAUAGCCUCGCUCUUCGCCGUGUUUGGUAUAUGGAUUUCUUGUAUCGAUGGAAAACCUGCCGGCCCAGACUCUGUGGGUUCUAAGCUAUUCGAGGUCUCUCAAUAUGUUAGCUGCCCCGUCCUACACCCAUCCUGCACAAUAGUAUUAAAUCUGGCUAACACCAAAUUCCUUUUAAAGGCUCCCACUGUAUUUCCGGUUCUUUUCGCCGCCAUUGCAGGUAGCAGCAUCAAAAGUAUCGCAUCAUGGCGCAUACAGACCACCGCAGGAGCAACUAUCGGGCUGGUAGAACAAUGCCUCGGCAGUCAGACUAUCACAGGAGCCAUUCUCACUCAGAUCAGGCUGCGUGCUGUCAAUUUCCUCGCUAUAUUUACCGUUGUGUUGUGGUGCCUCUCUCCGUUGGGCAGUCAAGCAUCUCUCCGCGUAAUUUCCAUCGUCCCGAGUUACCCAGGUAACCCGAUCGAAUUGACCACUUUGGACACCUUCACCCCGUACCAGUAUGGCUAUGGGCAAGGGGUAACGGAAGCCGUGACAGCAGUCGCUAACCCCAUGAUUGCUUCCCUAUCUGCGGCCUCAUUACUUGCAACUCGUAACCAAGAUCUCUGGGGCAACAUCCGCUUCCCUGUGAUCGAGAAUCUCGAGAAAAACAAUACAGGUUGGAUGGAUAUACCUCGAAAUGACAACAUGACGUACUCAUCUCUCGUCGGUGUGCCGGUGAUUGGCUUGCCAAGCUCCGGCAACACAUCAUUUACCCUCCCAGGCGCGUAUUUAUCCAUAUCCUGUCCUAUAUUCGACACACUACACCAAUUGAAUUUUACCAAUUUCACUGGGCCAGAUGCACCAUCUCCCGGCAAUGGAAACGAUUGCAGCUGGAGCAACGCAUGGGGAGGACAUCAGUUCUCGCUCGCCCUCUCGGAGCCAUGUUCAGGUUCACUCAAUGCAUCAAUGACAAGGACUCGGAAUGCUCGCAAACUUGUAUGGGAAUCAUGGGAUCGUGGUUAUGCAAACUCCGUCACAAAUCGGUCCCCCAUCACGCGAGCUAUAUGCGACCUCACCACAACCUAUGUCGAUGUCAAUGUGACAUGCGAAAGCUUAGCCGGAAGUCAGUCAACGAAUACUUGCAACCUCUCUUCCACUCGCCGGUCGGUGGAUACAACUCAUUUCCACAAAAACUGGACUAUUUUCGAUGUGAACCUUCCAGGAGAUCCUAAACUUCCCGUACGCUAUAACCAAGGAUUCAUGUAUAUCCUCACAACAUUGUUUCCGCACGCUGAGCAGAAUGGUGGCCUAGAGCCCAUAAUUGGAUAUUUUAUCGACCCUUAUCACGCCGUCGGAAACUUUUUUGGGGAAAAUCUCAUGUCACCCGAGACCACGACCCCGAAAAUUUUUGGAACGCGUCUAUCGCAGCUCUUCAAUUCUGUGCUCUACCUAGGAAUCAGCCCCUCAGCAUUCACAGGCUCCGUCAACAUGACGCAAAUCACAAGGAAACAGAGCCAAAUCAAGGAUAUCCCAAUAAAAUUGGCAGCCCAAAAUAUACAUCUGCAAAAAGUUGUGAGGUGUAACCGUUCGUGGCUCGCCGUCCUUAUUGUUUCCUCGGUGGUCAUCUUUUGCUUUGCACUAGUGGGCGCCUAUCUACACAUUAUAACCAUCGGCCCCGAUCUUCUAGGAUCGAUCUCCGUUGCCUUGUUGCAAAAUAAAACGGAAGACAUCGUUGGCUCUUCCACAUGGUCUUCAGAUGAAUGGUCGAAGAAUCUGCGAGACACGAAACUAUGGCUUGGAGAUGUACAACCUGAAGCCGAUUUUGGGUGUCUUGCCAUAACCACUGUGGCACAAGAUGUUCCUCCUGGUUCGAUAAAAGGAAGACUAUAUAAAUGA